GUCCCUUCAAGUCACUUCAGGUGCUCAAGAGAACCACUUCCAGAGCGCCAAAUUAAGCGAGACGUGUCGCCUUGGGUUGUUCGAGCUCGUAGUAGUGUUGCCCUACGUGAUGGAGGGCGAUCUCCCCACUCCUGCGAACGCCAGGGUCGCCGUGGUCACCGGCGGCAACAAAGGGAUCGGGCUGGAGGUGUGCCGGCAGCUGGCCGGCAACGGGGUCACCGUCGUCUUAACAGCCAGGGACGAGGCGAGGGGCGCUGCGGCCGUGGAGAAGCUCAGAGACCUGGGGCUCUCCGAUGUCCUUUUCCACCAACUGGACAUUAUCGAUGCUCCGAGCAUCGCUCGAAUUGCUGAGUUCCUCAAGACCCGUUUCGGGAAGCUAGAUAUCCUGGUAAAUAAUGCCGCGAUUGGUGGGAUUGAGUAUGUUCAUGACCAAGAUCGUGACUCAGUAACGAGCGAGGAAAAGGCAAAGCUCAGUGGCAUGGAUAUGGAUCAGAGGCUUGGAUGGCUGUGGCAAAAUUGCCGGGAGACUUACGAUGAUGCAAAGACAGGCCUGCGCACAAACUACUACGGCACAAAGCAACUAAUCCAAGUUUUACUCCCUCUGCUGCAGGCCUCCUCCGAUGGGAGGAUCGUUAACGUCUCCUCCCACUUCGGGCAGCUCAGGCUUUUCCGAAACGAGGAGCUGAAGCGGGAGCUGAACGACAUUGAUAACCUCACCCCGGAGAGGCUGGAUGGCCUGCUGGACAUGUUCCUGAAAGACUUCGAGGCCGGCGCGGUGGAAUCCAACGGCUGGCCGAUGUAUUUCUCGGCGUACAAGGUGGCCAAGGCGGCCAUGAACGCGUACUCGAGGAUCCUGGCGAGGCGGCACCCCGAGCUGCGCGUCAACUGUGCGCAUCCUGGCUACGUGAAGACCGACAUGACCAUACACUCGGGGCUGUUGACGCCGGAGGAAGGCGGCAGCAGGGUGGCCAUGGUGGCGCUGCUGCCGGAAGGCGGGCCGACCGGCGCGUUCUUUGAAGACUUUGCAGAGUCCUCGUUCGUGAUUGCCGUGGUCACCGGCGGGAACAAAGGGAUUGGGCUAGAGGUUUGCCGGCAGCUGGCCGGCGACGGCGCCACCGUGGUCUUAACAGCCAGGGACGAGACGAGGGGCGCAGCCGCUGCAGAGAAGCUCAGAGAAGCAGGGCUCUCCAAUGUUAUUUUCCAUCAGCUGGAGAUUACUGAUGCUCCGAGCAUCGCUCGGUUGGCUGAGUUCCUCAAGACUCGUUUUGGGAAGCUAGACAUACUGAUAAAUAAUGCCGCAAUUGGUGCUGUUGAGUACGUCCAAGAUCCUGCCGACAGUCCAGCAAGCGAGGAAAAGUUCAGUGGCAUGGAUCAGGGCCAAAGGCUUGAAUGCAUGUUUAAAGGUGUCCGGGAGACCUACGACGCUGCAAGAGAAGGCGUGAAGACCAACUACUAUGGCGUAAAGCAUGUGAUUGAAGCCUUACUGCCUCUGCUGCAGGCUUCCUCCGAUGGGAGGAUCGUCAAUGUCUCCUCUGAAUUUGGGCUGCUAAGGCUAAUCAACAACGAGGAGCUAAGGCAGGAGCUGAACGAUGUGGAGAAGCUGACCGAGGAGAGGCUGGACGAGGUGCUGGCCACGUUCCUAAGAGACUUCGAGGCCGGCGAGGUGGAGGCGCGUGGGUGGCCGAUGGCUUUCUCGGCGUACAAGGUGGCCAAGGUGGCCAUGAACGCGUACUCGAGGAUCCUGGCAAGAAGGCACCCCGAACUGCGCAUCAACUGCGCGCACCCCGGCUACGUGAGCACCGACAUGACCAUCCACACCGGACCCCUGACGCCCGAGGAAGGCGCGGCCAACUUGGUGAAGGUGGCGCUGCUGCCGGAAGGCGGCCCGACCGGCGCAUACUUCGCGUGGGGAGUGGAGGCGUCCUUUGUGUGAAAAAGCACCAUGCAUCGUUAAUGUUCUGUUCGUUGUUCUCCAACUGCCUGUUAUCAACGUUUACUGCUGACUCCUUUAUUCCUCUCUAACGCUUCUGAUACAUAAGUCAUAGUUGAAAAUACUGUUCGCUGA